CGAAAUAUCCCAACUCCACACGAAGAUCUCGUCGUCCUCUCUCCCUCUCUCGCUCUCAGAUUCACAAUUCGAGUCUGGAGCAGAACCAGAAUCGAUUCUAUCAGGCGGUUGUAGCCGCACAUUGCAAUCGAUCGCCGAUCUGGAGCCGUUACAGGAUCCGCCGCAGUCCUUGAAAACUACGACGGCGUCCUCCGCCACCGGCAACGGCCAGAUCCGGUACCGCUCUUUCUCCUCCCCCGAGCUCCUGGAGUCCGGUCCGGCUAUUGGUUCAUCCGGUAGCCAUUCUCCUACCUCCGAGUCUCACCAGGGCCUCCUCUCCAUCGACGGCGGUAAGAUGACGGCUAAGCGACGGCAUGAACCCCUCGCCGACAAGAUCCAGCGCCAUCGCGGUCUUAUUCUGCUUUUUUCGGUUCCUCUUGUCCUGAUCUCUCUCGUUCUUCUUCUGAUGCCCGGGAGAUCGGCUUCCGCCGCGGUUAUUAAGGAGUACGAGGCUAAUAGCGGCAAGCUCGUACCGAGUUCGAGGGGUCCGAGGAAUUACGCCGUGAUCUUCGAUGCGGGGAGUUCUGGAAGCCGCGUGCAUGUGUACUGCUUCGAUCAGAAUUUGGAUCUUGUUCCUAUGGGCAAUGAACUUGAGCUCUUCCUUCAGCUAAAACCGGGCUUGAGUGCAUAUGCCAAUGAUCCCCAACAAGCAGCAAAUUCUUUGAUGUCUCUUCUUGACAAAGCAGAAGCUUCUGUUCCCCGUGAGUUGCGUCGCAAGACUCCUGUCAGAGUUGGGGCAACUGCAGGGUUGAGAACUUUGGGUCAUGAAGCAUCUGAGAAUAUUCUGCAAGCGGUUAGGGAUCUCCUGAAAGAGAGAAGCACUCUGAAAAGUGAGGCUAAUGCAGUCACUGUUCUGGAUGGUACUCAGGAAGGAUCGUAUCAGUGGGUGACGAUCAACUAUUUGUUAAGGAAUUUAGGAAAGAAGUACUCAAACACAGUUGGAGUGGUCGAUCUUGGUGGGGGUUCCGUUCAAAUGGCCUACGCUAUAUCGAAGGAAGAUGCUGCAACUGCACCAAAGCCUCUAGAUGGAGAGGAUGAAUAUGUCAGGGAAAUGUAUCUGAAGGGUGAAACAUAUUACCUCUAUGUUCACAGUUACUUGCAUUAUGGAUUACUGGCAGCCCGAGCAGAGAUCUUGAAAGUUUCUGAAGAUUCGAACAACCCCUGUAUCUUGGCAGGCUAUGAUGGUACCUACAAGUAUGGAGGACAAAAUCACAAGGCUACUGCCUCUCCAUCUGGUGCAAGUCUCGAUGAGUGCCGAAGGGUCGCCCUUAACGCUCUCAAAGUGAACGAUUCCCUCUGCACACACAUGAGAUGCACAUUCGGCGGCAUAUGGAACGGCGGCGGAGGCGAUGGCCAACGGAAUCUUUUCAUCGCUUCGUUUUUCUUCGACCGAGCUUAUGAGGCUGGAUUCAUCGAAGGUAAUCAACCCGUGGCUAAAGUUCGACCCUCGGAUUUCGAGAAAGCCGCAAAACGGGCUUGUAAUACGAAGAUGGAAGACGGGAAAUCGAAGUUUCCACGUGUGGAAGAAGAUAACCUCCCGUACUUGUGUAUGGAUCUGGUUUACCAAUACACUCUUCUCGUUGACGGAUUCGGGUUGGAGCCAUCACAGAAGAUAACGUUAGUGAAGCAAGUGAAGUAUGGAGAUUUUGCCGUGGAAGCUGCUUGGCCACUCGGGAGUGCCAUCGAGGCCGUCUCUUCACCUUGAGAGGAGGAGGUGCCAAAUUUUCUAUGUAUGUAACCAAAUUGAUUAGUUUCAUUAUUCAAUCGUAUGGAUGUAUGACGAUUUCUGUAAUUUGAUCAAUCGAAUAACUCGAUAUUGUUACGCAUAUUGCAUCUAACGCUCUAAUAAAUGCGGAAUUAUAUC